AUGUAUCGUGGUCAUCCGAACGUAGUUCCUGUUGCUAGUAAAUAUCUUGCACACAAAGAAUAUAUUCAAGAUCAAGAGGAGCAUAAACAAAAUAUUAAAAAUGCACAAGGUUUAAUAGAUCAAUCGAGUCCUCCUGAACGAGCACAUUGUUAUCAACGUAUUAGACAAAGAAAGAUUAAAGAAUAUGAAUUAGAAAUCAUUGAACGUGAGAAUGCUCGUCUACGUACAAAAAUGUUGCAAAACGGAGCCUUUGUUCAAUCGCAUAAUAAUUACGAGACACAUAGUUUAAAUAAUGAAAAAAGACAUCGCGAUGAUGAACAGCACAAAACGGAAAUUGCACGACUUCAAAAACAAAUAACUCAUGCUCGAACAAAUUAUCCGAGUCGAAAAUAUCAAAACGAUUACACUAAACAACAAGAUUUACUACAACGAAUAAGCAAAUUUCCACCGAAUAAUAAAUAA